CUUGCUGCUAAAAAAAAACAAUUUUGGACUAGUUUUCAGUUAUUUGUGGGCUGGUUUUGAGUGGUCAUUGAUAUCUAUACAUGUGUUAGACCUGGAGGGGGCUGGCAACCCUGAUCACGCAUGCGCUAAAAGUUACAAGAUGGCGGAGAGUGCGCAACUGAAGCAAAUGGUGAUGAGCCUUCGUGUUUCAGAGCUACAAGUGUUACUAGGCUACGCAGGACGCAACAAACACGGCCGCAAACAUCAACUGUUGACCAAAGCCCUGCACCUCCUUAAGGCCGGCUGCAGCCCCGCUGUCCAGAUGAAGGUGAAGGAGCUGUACAGACGCCGCUUCCCCGCCAAGAUGCUGUCUCCGGUGGAUCUGGCCCUGCCCAGUGUCCACUCCACCUCCAGCCUGCCCGGAGGCCUCACCUCGCUGGGGUUCGACAGCCACGGAUCCCCCUCGCCUGGCUCUCUGCUGGUGCCCAAACACGAGCUGGGCCUUCACCCCGUACACCCUGACGUGAAGCUCCAGAGGCUGCCCUUCUACGACAUGUUGGAUGAGCUCAUCAAACCCACCAGCCUGGCCUCAGACAACAGUCAGCGGUUUCAGGAGACGUGUUAUGCCUUUGCGUUGACGCCCCAGCAGGUCCAGCAGAUCAGCAGCUCCAUGGACAUCUCUGGGACCAAGUGUGACUUUGCGGUGCAGGUUCAGUUAAGGUUUUGUUUGUCAGAGACGAGCUGUGCCCAGGAGGAUCAUUUCCCGUCCAACCUGUGUGUGAAAGUCAACAGCAAGCCCUGCAACCUCCCGAGCUACCUUCCUCCAACCAAAAACGGAGUGGAACCCAAACGGCCGAGUCGCCCCAUCAACAUCACGUCACUGGUCAGACUGUCCACCACAGUGCCCAACACUAUCGUGGUGUCGUGGACCUCAGAGAUAGGCAGGAAUUUCUCCAUGGCAGUCUACCUGGCGAGACAGCAGACAUCCACAACCCUGCUACAGAGACUACGAGCCAAAGGCAUCCGCAACCCAGACCACUCCAGAGCUCUCAUCAAAGAGAAGUUAACAGCUGACCCGGACAGUGAGAUUGCGACCACCAGUCUACGAGUCUCUCUGCUCUGUCCGCUGGGGAAGAUGCGUCUGAUGAUCCCGUGCAGAGCGCUGACGUGUUCCCACCUCCAGUGUUUCGACGCUACGCUUUACAUCCAGAUGAAUGAGAAGAAACCCACGUGGGUGUGUCCUGUCUGUGAUCAGAAGGCCCCCUACCAACACCUCAUCAUCGACGGGUUGUUCAUGGAGAUCCUGAACAGCUGUGAGGACUGUGAUGAGAUCCAGUUUAAAGAGGACGGGAACUGGUAUCCCAUGAGGUCGAAGAAGGAGGUCACAGAGGUAUCUGCUUCAUUCAACGGCGAUGGCGAGUCGUGUCGGACAGUAGAAUCGGAGCCCCACAGGAACAGCUCAUCCCACAGCAGUACCAAUAAGGUGGUGGUGAUUGAUCUGACUCUGGACAGCUCUUCGGACGACGAUCUGGACGAUGAGCCUCCUCUCAAGAGACCCUGUCCCUCCUCCUCCUCCUUGUCCCCUGCCUCACCGCCUAUCAGCAAGGGCGUGUUGAACCUCCACAGCCAGGUAUCUCCGGUGGCCAGAGCUCCCAGCAUGCCUCCUGUUGAGACCAGCUAUAUCCCCCCUCCACCCCCCCUCAUACAGGACUACAGCCACUACUACCACACCCCCAAUGACCUGGACCUCAACUUCUUCUCAUUCCUCCAGGGAGACAACCAUCAGCAUUACAACAUGGUGAUGGCCGCAGCUGCGGCGGCCUCAGCCUCCGAUGACCACGACUUGCUCCUGAACCGCUUCCUGCCCUAUAGCUCCUCCCAGAUGUUCCUGGACCAAUCAGGGACCCCCGGCGGUGUGAGCAGCGCCCUGGCAGCAGCCAACGGGGGCAGCAACAGCGGUAGCAGCUCCAGUCUGGUGUCGUCAAGUAGUUUGAGAGAGAGGGAUCGGGAUAGGGAAAGGGACAGCAGGUCGAACGCAGUGGCGACAGUCAUAUAUGGCUCCGUACCAGACGUGAUCUCACUAGACUGAAGGGAUGGGGCAUCUGUCCGUACAGAACCGGCGGGAAAAACAACUGGAGGGAGAAAAUAGAAACCGGAGUUUUGUUUUGUAAAUAGACAACUAAAAGGGAAAGAAACAGUGCUAUGUACAGAGAGGAAAAAAUAUCUAUUUUAAAUGUUACCGUAAACAAAAUCCUGAUGAUGAUGAGUAACUUCAAUUGAUUUUUUUUUUUUUUUUUUUCUUCUUCUGUGGUUUUUUAAAAAACAGCCUCGUCACGUUUUCCCCGUUUUGAUUAUAUGAUAUUAUAUAUGACCUUUUUGUACUUCGUUUUCACUGUUUUUAUUUCAAUAUUUACCCCCUGUCAACGGCAUUAUUUCUUGUCUCAAAACGCGUGUUUUUACUGCGCUUCGGCGCGAAAAGAGAAUCUGUCCGUUUUUUUUUUUUUUCUGUUUUCGUCAUCACUGUGGAUUGUAUUUUCUGUCAAAACAUUCUGUGGUCAAAUUCUAUUGUAUUUCUUUUAUUAUUUUCAAGGUAUUAUUUAUGAUGCUUUUAAGUUAUGUUAGAUCAAUGUGUGCCGUUUUUUAAAAAGCAUUGCUUCUUCUUUUCUCUCCCCCCCCACCACCUCCCUCUACAUGUUAUUGUUGUCGCUAGGAUUACACAGGCUAGCCUGGAUACCAAGUCUGUUUGUGCCAUCAUUCCACUCCUCGUCAUGACCAAACAAUAAGUGGUUGAGGAGUGGAAUGAUGGCACAAACUGACUGGCACCCAGGCUAUGCACGGGCUGGUUAUAGAUCCACUACUGUGGUUGAGGAGUGGAAUGAUGGCACAAACUGACUGGCACCCAGGCUAUACACGGGCUGGUUAUAGAUCCACUACUGUGGUUGAGGAGUGGAAUGAUGGCACAAACUGACUGGCACCCAGGCUAUACACGGGCUGGUUAUAGAUCCACUACUGUGGUUGAGGAGUGGAAUGAUGGCACAAACUGACUGGCACCCAGGCUAUACACGGGCUGGUUAUAGAUCCACUACUGUGGUUGAGGAGUGGAAUGAUGGCACAAACUGACUGGCACCCAGGCUAUACACGGGCUGGUUAUAUACUACUGUGGGUUGUCUGGUUUGUGCUCCUCUCUCAUCUCUAUUUGGCUGAGGAAACCUUAUUUUCCUGCCGAGUUCAUCUUGUAGUUGUUUUCACGUAAGAAAUACCAUGCUGUAUUGUCUGGUAAAAAUAGUGUUGAAAUAGCCGCCGUGCGUCCAUUUUGGGGGAUAAGGAAGACAUAAUAUGAUUUUAAUUCAGUUUAUUAUUAUAUUAAAUGGAAGCAUUUUACCUUUUCAUGCAAGGUGCAUCUUCCAUUCAACACUAUUUUUACCAGACAAUACAGCAUGGUAUUUCUUACGUGAAAACAACUACAAGAUGAACUCGGCAGGAAAAUAAGGUUUCCUCAGCCAAAUAGAGAUGAGAGAGGAGCACAAACCAGACAACCCACAGUAGUGGAUCUAUAACCAGCCCGUGUAUAGCCUGGGUGCCAGUCAGUUUGUGCCAUCAUUCCACUUUCUCACUAUUCACAAACAACCCACAGUAGUGGAUCUAUAACCAGCCCGUGUAUAGCCUGGGUGCCAGUCAGUUUGUGCCAUCAUUCCACUUUCUCACUAUUCACAAACGUUGUUUUUUUGUUGUUGUUGAAUAAAACAUACUUUUUUAAAUGCUUUGGAGAUGGGAUCUGUAACACUCACUCCUUGAAGUGUCUCCCAA